AUGAUGAUGAAGAUUCCCCGCGCUGAAUGAGAAUAAAUGUGACAUUCAUCUGUUUUAUUUCUUCAGUGAUUUCACAAGUUUUAUUUGCAGUGUUUAUUUUGGGCGGGAGAAUUGUAAAACUCCAGGAAACAAGUGAAAUCUGUGUGACACUGUUGUAAAGAUGUUUAUUAAAGAGGAGAGUGAAGAUAUGGCUUAUCCAGAAGCAUGCAGAAUUAAAACCGAACACACUGACGAACAAACAGACUUGGAGGUGAAAAUAGAAAAUCAAGAAUUGAUGGAAAUGAAAGAGGAAAAUCAAGAACAAAUAGAAGUCAAGGAGGAAAGUCAAGAACUGAAUGAAGUAAUGGAGGAACAUCAGAAUCAGAAUCCUCAUUUCAUAACUGGAGGAGAAAUUUUUAGUUGCUCACAGACUGAGAAGAAUUCCUCACAAAACAAAAAAGCCCAAAAUGCUUUCACCUGCCCUCAAUGUGGAAAGAGUUUUACAUGGAAAGGAAGUCUUAAGAGACACAUACAAAUUCAUUCCAGAGAGAAACCCUUCACAUGCCGUCAUUGUGGAAAGAGUUUCAAACGGAAAAGAGGUUUUGAAGAUCACGUAAGAUGCCACGCUGGAGAAAAGCCUUUCACUUGCUCUCAGUGUGGAAAAAGUUUCAGUCAUAGAGGAAACCUUCAUGUGCACAUGAGAAUUCACACUGGAGAGAAGCCUUACACUUGCCGUCAGUGUGGAAAGAGUUUCACAAAGAGAGGAAGCCUCAAUGAUCACAUUAGAUGUCACACUGGAGAGAAGCCUUACACGUGCCAUCAGUGUGGAAAAAGUUUCAUUAAUAGAGGAAACUUUCAUGUGCACAUGAGAAUGCACACUGGAGAAAAGCCUUACACUUGUCAUCAUUGUGGAAAGAGUUUCAUACGGAAAGGAGACCUUAAUGAUCACAUUAGAUGUCACACUGGAGAGAAGCCUUACAUUUGCCCUCAGUGUGGAAAAAGUUUCAAUCAUAGAGGAAAUCUUCAUGUGCACAUGAGAAUUCACACUAGAGAGAAGCCUUACACUUGCCGUCAGUGUGGAAAGAGUUUCACAAAGAGAGGAAGCCUUAAUGAUCACAUUAGAUGUCACACUGGAGAGAAGCCAUUUACUUGCCAUCAGUGUGGAAAAAAUUUCAUUAAUAGAGGAAACUUUAAUGUACACAUGAGGAUGCACACUGGAGAAAAGCCUUACACUUGCCAUCAUUGUGGAAAGAGUUUCACAACAAAAGGAAAGCUUAAUGAUCACAUUAGAUGUCACACUGGAGAUAAGCCUUACAUUUGCCAUCAGUGUGGAAAAAGUUUCUUUUAUAGAGGAAACCUUAAUGUGCACUUAAGAGUUCACACUGGAGAGAAACCUUACACAUGCCAUCAAUGUGGAAAGAGUUUCAGUCGGUCAUACACCCUAAAACAACAUGAGAGCAUGCAUAAAGGAGAGAAGCCAUACCACUGCACUUCAUGUGGGAAAAGUUUCCGCCAAUCAAGAUCUGUAGGAAAUCAUAGAAAAGGGCAUUGCCCAGAGUUGUUGUAGUGAGCAAACUGCAUGUAAUGGUGUGUCAUUGGUAUGAAAUUCAGAAAAACUCAGCAUAAAGCAUUUCUUCCAAAAUAGCAAUUACAUCUUGCAUGGUUGUUUGCUUUAUUGCAUUACCUGUCCUGUAGUGAUGAAUUAGCUGUCAUUUUAUGUAUGAGGUAGUAGGAAAUAGAGCUGGGAGAUACACUGGCGGCCAAAAGUUUGGAAUAAUGUACAUAUAUUGAUGUUUUGGAAGGAAAUUAGUACUUUAAUUCACCAAAGUGGCAUUCAACUGAUCACAACGUAUGGUCAGGACAUUACUGAUGUAAAAAACAACACCAUCUCUAUUUGAAAAAAGUCAUUUUUGAUCAAAUCUAGACAGGCCCCAUUUCCAGCAGCCAUCACUCCAACACCUUAUCCUUGAGUAAUCAUGCUAAAUUGAUCAUUUGGUACUAGAAAAUCACUUGGCAGUAUAUCAAACACUGCUGAAAGCUAUUUGGUUCCUUAAAUGAAGCUUAACAUUGUCUUUCUGUUUGUUUUUGAGUUGUCACAAUAUGCAAUAGAGUGACAUGUAUUAAGGUCAAUUUUAGAUAAAAGAAAAAUGGCAAAAAAGAAACAGCUUUCUCUAGAAACUCAUCAAUCAUUGUUUUGAGGAAUGAAGGCUAUACCAUGCUUGACAUUGCCAAAAAACUGAAUAUUUCAUACAAAGGUGUACACUACAGUCUUCAAAGUCAAAGGACAACUGGCUCUAACAAGGACAGAAAGAGAUGUGGAAGGCCCAGAUGUACAACGAAACAAGAGGAUAAGUACAUCAGAGUCACUUGUUUGAGAAAUAGACACCUCACAUGUCCUCAGCUGACAGCUUCAUUGAAUUCUACCCGCUCAACACCAGUUUCAUGUACAACAGUAAAGAGAAGACUCAGGGGUAAGAAUUGCAAAGAAAAAGCCACUUUUGAAACAGAAAAACAAAAAGAAAAGGUUUGAGUGGGCAAAGAAACACAGACAUUGGACAACAGAUAAUUGGAAAAGAGUGUUAUGGAUCUUAACCCCAUUGAGCUUUUGUGGGAUCAGUUAGACUGUAAGUUGCGUGAGAAGUGCCCGACAAGACAGUCACAUCUAUGGCAAGAGCUACAGGAAGUGUGGGGUGAAAUGUCACCUGGGUACCUGGACAAACUGACAUCUAGAAUGCCAAGGAUCUGCAAAGCUGUCAUUGCUGCACGUGGAGGAUUUUUUGAUGGGAACUAUUUGAAGUAGUUUAAGUUUAUAUUUUUUUCAAUUUGUAAUAGUAAUUUUUCAUGUUAUUAAUGUCCUGACUAUACACUGUGAUCAGUUGAAUGCCACUCUGGUGAAUAAAAGUACCAAUUUCUUUCCAUAAGAGCAAAAUCUGUACAUUAUUCCAAACUUUUGGCUGCCAGUGUAUAUCAAAAACAAAUAAAAUUACCAUUAAAAAGAGUUUGAAUGUGAUGAUCGUCCACCUGUCAUCGAUUAAAUGAUUCUGAUUAAUCCCGAAUGAAGAUCAGCUGUUUCUGCAAGAUAUUCUUGGCAUUCUUUUGGUUGCAUCCGGUGCUUAGGCCACGAUCUGCAAAGAGUUUACAAAGCAUGAGCGGACUCUCAUUGUGAAAAGGUACAAAUGAGCAGAGAGAUACAAAAUUUCAAAGCAUUAGAUACUGUAUGCCAUGGAGCACUGUGAACGGCAUAAUCAAAAAGUGGAAAAAAUGGGCCACCACAGUGAUAUUCCCAAGAACCAAGCAUCUGUCCGUGUGUAACAAUGCCAUUCUUAAUAUACAAAUAUUUUAAAGGAAAUAAAUAUACAAUUCCUUUAUUAUAAUGCAGUUUUUAUGACUUUAUAUUAAUUGAGUCGUUAAAUGGUUUAUUUGUACUUUUAAUAAUUCAAUAAUCACACUUCAGGACCGUUGAGUAUUUACUAUUGACUAUUUUGGACUAUUGACUAUUUAAUAACUUUGAAGCUGAAUGGUGUUAAAAAUGUAAA